UGAAAGUGCGUCUGACGGUGAUUGAAGAGGGAAAUUUACAAAAAAAAAAAAAAAAAAAAAAAAAAAGACGAGAAUAGUGCAUGUACACAAGUGUGAUAGACGACCUGCACGUCGAAUUGCUACUCCAACUCAGCUAUAAACACUACAAAGUACAGGAACGGAGAUGCAGAGAACGCCAUUCGCCUGUUGAAGAACUGAAGCAAAUAAAAAAAUCAACCAAGGCGACAAACACAAAUAUACACACACACACACAAAAGGGAAAGUCCUAUAUGCGGUGUCGAUUGUAUAGAGUCUGAUAUCGAUCCGCCCAACAGACGGUGAAAAUCGGCUGCCCUCCUGGACAGCUUGAUACAGUCGCUGAAACUCGAGUUUCUUCCGAGUGAACACACAAGCCCCUUUGACUCAUAUACGUAUAUAUGAUAUAUAUACAAGUCGUGGAGUCGUGACUGACUUGUGACUGUAUACAAUCAAACAACAAUAGAGGGACAGGCAACGGUCAGGAAGAUCAAACAUUGAAUCAAAGAUGACGGCUGCCGGAGGGGAGCAGACUGCAGUAGCCGGAGGCAACGAAUCUUCUCUGUUGGUGGGUAACUGGAGCGAAAAGAAUUGGCUGCUCCUGGGCAACGUCUGGUACAGCGAUGAAGAUGAUUCAAAUGAAACAUCAGAUACUGAGCAAGCCGGAAAUUUCAGCGGGAUGAACAUCAAUGGUUCUGUUUUGAUUAAUGCGUCCAUUAGUGCAAGUCGCUAUUUGAACAUAACAGCCGACCUGGACAUCCGUUACGCUCUGCCGCUCUACGGAUACAUUAUGCCCUUCCUAGUGGUCAUUACCAUCAUCGCCAAUACGUUGAUUGUCCUCGUCUUAUCCAAGAAACACAUGAGGACUCCAACCAAUCUUGUUCUGAUGGCCAUGGCUUUGAGCGACAUGUUUACGCUUCUUUUCCCGGCCCCUUGGCUUCUCUAUCUCUAUACUUUUGGCAACCAUCAUCGACCGUUGAGACCUCUGUCAGCUUGUUAUGCCUACAAUUUCAUGAAAGAAGUCAUACCGGCACUUUUCCACACGGCUUCCAUUUGGUUGACGUUGGCGUUGGCCAUCCAGCGCUACAUCUACGUCUGUCACCCGCCGCUGGCCAGGACUUGGUGCACCAUGGAAAGGGUCAAGAAAGCUAUUGGUUGGAUUUACGUCUUGGCCCUGGUGCAUCAAUUCCCACGUUUAUUUGAUCAGGUGUACCUGCCGGUAGAUAUCUACUGGGAAGGUGAAGGAGUUGUGACAACCUGCUGCAAAUACGAAGCUGAUUGGGUCACUGACAUUUUCAGCCAGGUGGUAUACUACAACCUUUACUUUUGGUUCCGGGUUGUUUGCGUGCAUCUGGGACCUUGCGCCUCGCUGGUUCUGCUCAACGUCCUUUUAUUCGGAGCGCUGCGUCGCGCCCAGCAAAAGCGAGAUAAGCUUUUCAAGGAAAAUCGCAAAGCCAGCGAAUGCCGAAAAUUAAGAGAUUCCAAUUGCACGACGCUCAUGUUGAUUGUUGUUGUAUCCUGCUUCCUGGUCGUCGAAAUUCCAUUGGCCGUUUUGACUGUCCUGCACAUCUUCGAUGCCUCCCUUGAGCUGCGAGUCCUCGACUAUGACGUCAUAAAUGUCCUGAUCCUGUUCACAAAUUUUUUCAUUUCGCUAUCGUAUCCAAUCAACUUCGCCAUCUAUUGCGGCAUGAGUCGUCAGGCAAGUAUUCAUUGCAAAGUGCAGGAUCUGGUACUGCUCCUGUUGAGUGACAAUAGUCGAUUAUUAUACCACCCCUGUGUUUUGUGUUUGCACAGUUCAGGGAGACCUUUCAGGGUCUGUUCACCCCGUCGGCGUCUUCUGGCAGGUUGGCCACAGGCAGUGCUCAUCAAGGUGCUUCAUCGGUAG